AUGGUCUCAAGCACUGAACAGCUGGCGCUUCACAUCUGCACCUUCCUGGCUACCACUGGCCUGGUCGGCUUGGCGACAUGGGUCCUCUGCACCCGCGUGAUGACGGAGAGCAAGAACACAGGCGCUGCCGAUGAUUUCUUCGCGGGCGGCCGAUCAUUGAAAUGGUAUGUCGUUGCAGGCUCGCUGAUGCUCACGAACUUGUCCACAGAACAGCUUGUCGGCCUCAACGGGAAUGUCUACAAGGACAGGAACCUGGCCGGGAUUUGGUUCGAGGCUGGCGCAGCGAUUGCUAUGGUGCUUACCGCGACUGUUUUCUUGCCACGAUACAUGGCGUUAGGGCUCACAACCACUUCAGCCUACCUCGGUGAGCGCUUCGAUCUCUGCACUCGCACGAUGGGAUCCAUCCUAUUUCUCAUCUUUUACGUGUUCCUGGUGUGCCCUUUUGCUCUCUAUACCGGCUCGUUGGCAAUGCGCAACAUCUUCGAGCUCCAUAGCAUUCCCCUGUGGGUGGUCAGCGCUGUGAUUGGCUCUUUGGGGGCCUGCUAUGCGCUCUGCGGCGGGCUUAAGGCUGUCGCGGUGUCAGACUGCUUGAACGGCAUCGGGCUGCUCAUCGUCGGGGUUUGGGUCCCGGCAGCUGCUUUGUAUCAGCUCGGAGGGGUUUCAGAGCUCUUUGCGCAUCCAGACUACUUGAAGCCGCUGGCGGAGCACAGCAUCUCGGCGCCCUGGCAUGUAAACUUCACCGGGCUCUUCCUGACGAACGUGUACUAUUGGUCGACAAAUCAGGUUAUUGUGCAGAGGGCGCUUGCGGCCAAGUCACUCGCUGACGGACAGAAGGGCGUGCUCUUUGCUGCGUCGAUGAAGGUGGUCGGUUUUGUCUUCCUGUGCUUGCCAGGAGUCAUUGGCCUGGCGCUCGUUCGGCAGGGUGCAACAAUUGGCGGCAAGGUGUUUACCGUCCCCCACGACGAUGAGGUCUAUCCAGAACUGGUGAAAGCGGUGAUGCCUUUGUGGUCUUUGGGCUUCUUUGCGGCUGUGUUGGUCGGCAGUGUUCUCUCCAGCUUCAACUCAGCACUCAACUCUGCCGCAACCCUCUUCGGCCUUGAGAUCUACAAGGUUUACAUCAACAAGGAUGCCACUGACAAGCGCGUCGUCUUCGUGUCGACCAUGUUCGGUGGCGGGAUGACCCUGGCUUCUUUUGUCAUCGCACCUCUCUUUGAGAAGAUCGAUGGCAUUUUCUCCUUCCAGCAGCAUGUGAACACCGUCCUUUCCUUGCCGCUGGUCUCCAUCUUCUUCGUCGGCAUUGCCACAUCGCUGCCAGACGCCUUUGCUGCAAAGGUCGGCUUCGCUGUGGGCGUUGUGGCCAUAGCAGCGGGCCAGUUCGUGCCGGAGCCGAUCCUCCACUUCUUCCACGUCUACUUCGUGGCUUUUGUGCUGGCCGUAAGCUCUGUCCUGAUCGCCACCUACAUUCCUUGCCUGAGGCGGAUGUGCGGCCGAAUCGGACGGCCUAUUUCUUAUGUGCAGCGCACCGACAAGGCUGUCGUGGAUCUGAUGAGAUGGAGGCCAACGUACCUUUUGGUGGUAUGCCUGCUGACCGUUCUCACGACCCUGAUCGUCUCCUUACAGAUCGGUGCCUUGAGAGGCAAUGGAGUGCAGGAAGGGCCGGGACGUUGGGAUCUUGCCGCUUCGGAGAUCCGAUGA